AUGAAUUUCACGUUCUUCUUAUUCUUGAUUUCUUCAGUUUUUGCAGCUGCACCAGCUGUGAACUUUAAAAAUCCUGCAGCAGGUUAUAACAAUACAAAAAUCACUUCCACUAUUAAUAUCCAUACAGGUAAUGUUACCGGGUAUUAUUAUGCCAACCAAGGGUAUUUCACUACCGGGGAUGUUGGUUAUUUCGGAUUCCAACCAAGAGGUGGAAUUUAUCUUCAACAUUUAACUUACUCGGUAUUCGGUAGUGGUCCAUAUUCAAAUCACCCAAAUUGUGGUAAUGGAGCUGACGGUGGUGAUGGUGUAUCAUGUGCAGCAGAAUACCAUUUUGAUUUCAACAAAAACUAUACUUUCGUUCAAGAAAGAAUUGCUCAUAAUGAAGCUACUGGUGAAAAUACCUGGCAAGGGUCUGUCAUCAACGAAGAAACUGGAGAUAUCUUUAUUGUUGCCAAUUAUACUACACCAGCUAAAUAUGGUUUAUUAAAGAAUGAAGUCUAUUGCUUUGAUGAAUUCUAUCCUUAUAAUAGUUUAGGUAAUACUCCGCCAGAAGAAUGGUACUGUACACCACCAUCCUCAUAUGUUCAAUAUGCUCCUGUUCUUUACGAUGCUGACGGAAACAAAUACCCAACUACUUUCGAGACAUUUGCCGGUGAUUAUAAUAAAGAGUUUGAUGAAUGUGCUUUUGCUCAAAAUACUCCUAAUAUUAGAAUCACUAAAUUGAAUGAUUAUGCUGCAUUCUUUGAAAAUGGGUUUUUAACUCCAUAA